AUGCAUUUCCAAUCUCUCAACCUCUUGGCCCUGGCCAUCUCCUCGGUCUCGGCCACUCUCUCCCCAAACCUUCCCGGCAUGAACCUCGUCUGGCAAGAGACGUUUGUUGGCGAGCAAGGCGACAUGGUUGACCUCACCCAAUGGACCGUCGUCACCGACCUCCACAACAACCAGGAGCUCGAGACUUACACCCAGUCCGACUCCAACAUGCAGCUCUCUGGCGGCCAAACUCUCCAGCUCGUCCCUCAACAAGCUCCCUCCGGCGAAUGGACGUCUUCCCGCAUCGAGUCCAUCCAAUCUUGGACUCCUGCUCCUGGCAAAACCAUGCAAGUUCAGGCCGCUCUGCGUGGCGGCUCCAGCCCCCUCGACACCAAGCAAGGCAUGUGGCCCGCCUUCUGGAUGCUGGGCGACUCCAUGCGUCACGGCACUCCCUGGCCUCUCUGCGGAGAGCUCGACAUCUUUGAGCAGAUCAACGGCCAGUUGACCGGCUACGGCACCGCCCACUGCGACCACACCGGCGGCGGUGCGUGCAACGAGCCCUCGGGCCUGGGCCAGAGCAUUCCCAUUCCUCAGGACGACGACUUCCACACCUGGGCUCUCAAGAUCAACCGCUCGUCCAACAACUGGCAGACGGAGACGAUCGAGUGGUACCUCGACGGCACCCUCUUCCAUACCCUUGUCGGCGCCCAGUUUGGCGACGAGGGGCUCUGGGCUACGCUUGCGCACUCUCCAAUGUACAUCAUCCUCAACCUUGCUGUUGGUGGUACAUGGCCCGGUGACCCUAACGAGGCGACUCUGCCCGGCUGGGGCAACAUGUUUGAAGUUCAAUACGUUGCCGUCUACUCCUCAUAA